CAAAAUAUAAGGCACUCGGAAGUACACGGAACUGAUUCCUCCGCCAUUUAGUUCCUGUUUUCACACACGUAACGUCAAUGACGCGAGUAUUGUUGAUGCUCCAUCGAGAACACGUCACUCCAUUGUAUGAUUGCCCAACAAUUGACCAUUUUCAUUACUUCUCUUGCAGAGCUUUCAUCUGACUACGAUUUGUCGUUUCAAGUCAGAGCGGCCAAGUCGUAUUCCAAGAUUAAGAAGCCAAUUUCGGACCUUAACGCACUAACCAUCGCUUUUUGGAUGCGUACCAGCGACCGCAACCCCGGAACAGUGAUCUCCUACGCAACUCAAGUGGGUGAUAUUGUGCAGGACAACGCAUUAGCUUUACAAGACUAUUCCAGCUUCAAUCUAUUUGUAAAUAAUAAAACUGUCUUCACGGGACUGAAAGUAAAUGAUGGUCAGUGGCAUCACGUGGCAGUUACGUGGGAGAGCGCGGGAGGAACAUGGUAUUCCUACAAAGAUGGUGUUGAAAUAAAAAGCUCCUCUCAGGCUUUUCAACAAGGUGAAGUUAUUUCUGGCGAUGGCGUUAUGAUCCUUGGCCAAGAGCAAGACGAACUGGGUGGUGGAUUUAACACUCAAGAAAACUUUAUCGGCGAUAUUAGUCAGCUGAACAUCUUUGACUACAUGCUGUCUGCUAACGACAUUUAUAACUUGGUAUAUAGUUGCGAUCAUGUAAAGGGAAACGUAGCAGCCUGGAGCGACUUUAGAGAGAGGCUCUUUGGAAUAUACCACUUAACGGACAAAUCGUACGCGUGUGACUUUGCCGCCGAGCAGAGGAAAUACUCCCUGACUUACAAGUCCUACAUAUCUGGAAACGAUGCCAAAACGGUGGAUAACUCGUCCCCGGAAGCCUGCGCGUCAUCAUGCUCGUCGGAAGCUUCUUUCAUCUGCAGGUCUUUUGAUUUUGAUAACUCAACCAACACAUGUUACUUGAGCAGCAAAUCAACGAUUGACAGUGAUCUGACAAGUUCAUCAAGCUAUAAUUACUACGAGCUGAACUGUCUUAAAAGCCUUGGAGUCUCGACAAGCAAGCGUAUUCCUGACGCUGAUAUGACAGCAUCAAGUCAAUACAGCUCCCAGCACGCGCCACUAGGAGGUCGCCUGAAUUUUCAAGCUCAGAUAACUUCUCAGGGGGUCACCACUCNAAAAAAUCGACCGUCAUUUUGA